AUGCGAUUGGUCAGAGUGGAGGGGGGCCGGUUCCGGAGGGCGGCGGAGGAGAGCGAGCGAGAGCGGGAGCGGGAACGCGAGCGUGAGCGUGAGCGGGGGGGUGAGCGUGAGCGGGGGGGUGAGCGUGAACGCGAGCCCCCGUCACACCACUCCAACCACCAGUACGCCAGCAUCAAGAGCAAGUUCUUCAAUGAGCUAACACACCUUCCGAUGCCCAUGUGGGCCAUUGGCGCCAUCGUGGUGGUGGUGCUGGCCCUGGUGGCGUGCAUGGGCUUCUGCAUCUACAGGAAGUGCAUCAACAAGGGCAAGAAACCCAAGAAGGUGCGCGAGAGGAAGGGAGGCCGAGGCCGCAAGAAGAAGGACAAGGACGGCGAGGACGGAGAGGGCAAGGAGGGAGAGGAAGGGAAGGAUGAGGAAGAGAGAGAGGCCCUUGGCAAGCUGGAGUUCAGCUUGGAUUACAACUUCACCGAGAACCAGCUCGUCGUUGGCAUCCUCCAGGCCCAGGAUCUACCCGCCAUGGACAUAGGAGGCACCUCGGACCCCUACGUCAAGGUCUUCAUGCUCCCGGACAAGAAGAAGAAGUUUGAGACAAAGAUUCAGCGCAAGAACCUCUGCCCUGUGUUCAACGAGACCUUCACCUUUAAGAUCCCCUAUAGCGAUCUCGGCGGCCAGACCCUGGUGAUGCAGGUGUUUGACUUCGACCGCUUCGGGAAACACGACCGUAUCGGUGAGAUAAAGAUCCCCAUGAACAGCGUGGACAUGGCACAGCCCCUCAACGAGUGGCGGGACCUGGUGGGCGGCGAGAAGGAGGUGCAAGAGAAGCUGGGUGACAUCUGCAUCUCCCUGCGCUACGUCCCCACCGCCGGCAAGUUCACCAUCAACAUCAUGGAGGCCAAGAACCUGAAGAAAAUGGACGUUGGAGGACUGUCAGACCCCUUCGUCAAGGUGGUGCUGCAGCAUCAGGGCAAGCGUCUGAAGAAGAAGAAGACGUCGGUCAAGCAGAACACCCUCAACCCCUACUUCAACGAGAGCUUCAGCUUCGAGAUCCCCUUCUCCCAGAUCCAGAAAGUCCAGGUGCUGAUCACAGUCUACGACUACGACAAGUUGGGCAGCAACGACGCCAUUGGCAAGUGCUGGAUCGGCUUCGGGUCCUCUGGCAUCGGGCUCCGCCAUUGGUCAGAAAUGUUGGCCAAUCCCAGGCGUCCGUGUGCCCAGUGGCACACGCUGUCUACGGAGGAGGAAGUGGACGCCCUCCUGAAAAACCCAAUCCGCUGAACACACCCACACACAUUUUUUACAAUGUUACAGUAAGCUUCCGACAGUAAUGAUCAUUACAAUACACACAGACACACACAGACACACACACACACACACACACACACACACAUGAAUCUAUACUCCAAUUACAGACAUAUGCAGUUUAUAAGCAUUAAGUACAAAAACACACAUGCAUGACAAGAAAUACUGAAGUAAUAAAGUGAAACAUAUUGAGUACCACACAGACACACACAGACACACACACACACGCAAAAUCCAUGUACAAACACUGUCUGAAAUGUUUGCAAUAGCCCACAGGGAAACACCUUUGAAUCUUCCCGCACAAAUGAAUAAAGUUAGAUAUUUGUUCCUUUCUACAUUGACUAGAUAUUUUGUUUUUUGUCUUUAUGGACUGUACUCAAGUCACCUAGUUGGUGGAAGGAGAUUUGGAUUCAGGUUUCCAGUAUCCAAACCACUGAUCAACUCUCUGCGUCCUUUAGCUUUGUGUAUUUCAUUUUCUUUGCUAUUUUUUGUUUCCAGAAGCAAGAACAAAAAAAUCACCUGUCUCGGCUAUUCUUGGCUUAAUGUUUUCCUUUGAAAGGUUCUUAGUUUAUUCUCACUAAAUACCCAUUUGUCUCUGAUGUUUUUGACUUUUGUUUGUUUUUGUGUGAAUGAGCCAACAGUGUCUGAACACAAGUGUUUGUAUGUGUUUCUGUUGCUAGUAUUUAAAAAGAUGUGGACUAUGUGAUGUACUUCUUGAUGCAAUGUGAAUGUAAACAGAUAGUAUAUGUAUGUGAAU